GCUCUCCGCGCCCGCUCGCCCCGCGCCGAUCUACUUGCCGGGAAGGCGGCGCCGGUGGCGGCUGCUCUCCCUGCGCCCGCUCCCGAGCGCUGCUUUCCCGCCGCGGGUGGGCUUCGCAGCCCCAGGCCAGCCGCGGCCCUUGGCCCGCUGCAGCCCCGGCCCUCCACCUUCCCUUUGCAGGGGCGGCCCGGCCAGUGUCGCUCAUCCCGGGACGCUCCCUUCUCCCACCCAGGACUGCCCCGCGGAGCUGGCUUGGACACCCAACUUUGCCACCUCGAGGGUCGUCUCUGCUGGGCGCGAACCUGCCCACCCACCGGUUGGCCGCGCGCUCGGGGACCGUGCUCGUGGCCCCCAAGCCGGUGCCCCCAUUCUGGAACUCAGAGAGUAGGGGGCGGCUCUGGGGAAGUGGCAGGGGGCGGCUGCAGCUGCUGCCUCCACUUCCCUAGCCAGGUGCUGAAGAGGAUCCUCGGAGCCGCUCUGGCCCCCAGGCGCUGGAUGACUGGCACCAGCGCUCCUCGCACCUGUGUUGGUGUGUGAGACUUGGGCUGGAGUGCCCACGUGGCUGUGGAGUCAGUGUGAUUGAUGAUUGAGGAAACGCGUCCUCCAUCCUCUCUCUCCUUGGCACUUUCCACACAUGAGGAGAAGAAGAGCUUCUGUUUAGAAGACACGUGCCCAGAGUCAGAGGCCCCUUGCCCACCAUGAAGGGAACCUGUGUUAUAGCAUGGCUGUUCUCAAGCCUGGGGCUGUGGAGACUCGCCCACCCAGAGGCCCAGGGUACGACUCAGUGCCAGAGAGCCGAGCAUCCAGUCAUCUCCUAUAAAGAAAUUGGCCCCUGGUUACGGGAGUUCAGAGCGAAGAGUGCUGUGGAUUUCUCGCAGUUAACAUUUGACCCAGGACAGAAAGAACUUGUUGUAGGAGCAAGAAACUACCUCUUCAGGUUACAGCUUGAGGAUCUGUCUCUUAUCCAGGCUGUGGAAUGGGAGUGUGAUGAAGCUACCAAAAAGGCCUGUUACAGCAAAGGCAAAUCAAAGGAGGAAUGUCAGAACUACAUCCGGGUGCUUCUGGUGGGUGGCGACCGGUUAUUCACCUGUGGGACCAAUGCAUUCACGCCUGUCUGCACCAACCGCUCGUUGAGCAACCUGACUGAGAUCCAUGAUCAGAUCAGUGGCAUGGCCCGCUGUCCCUACAGUCCCCAGCACAAUUCCACAGCGCUCCUCACAGCUGGUGGGGAGCUCUAUGCUGCUACAGCCAUGGAUUUUCCAGGACGUGAUCCUGCCAUUUACCGAAGCCUGGGCAUUUUACCUCCUCUCCGCACGGCGCAGUACAACUCCAAAUGGCUCAAUGAGCCAAACUUUGUGUCAUCUUAUGACAUCGGAAAUUUUACCUACUUCUUUUUCCGAGAAAAUGCAGUAGAGCAUGACUGUGGGAAAACAGUGUUCUCCAGAGCUGCCCGGGUGUGCAAGAAUGAUAUUGGUGGGCGCUUCCUGCUGGAAGACACCUGGACCACAUUCAUGAAGGCUCGCCUGAACUGCUCCCGUCCUGGAGAAGUCCCCUUUUACUACAACGAAUUGCAGAGUACUUUCUUCCUGCCUGAGCUGGAUUUGAUCUAUGGCAUCUUUACCACCAAUGUGAACAGCAUUGCGGCCUCAGCUGUGUGCGUCUUCAACCUGAGCGCCAUCGCGCAGGCCUUCUCCGGGCCCUUCAAGUACCAAGAAAACUCGCGCUCGGCCUGGCUACCGUAUCCCAACCCAAACCCCCACUUCCAGUGUGGCACCGUGGACCAGGGCCUGUACGUGAACCUGACCGAGAGAAAUCUGCAGGAUGCUCAGAAGUUCAUUCUGAUGCAUGAGGUGGUACAGCCAGUGACCACAGUGCCCUCCUUCAUGGAGGACAAUAGCCGCUUUUCCCACGUGGCGGUCGACGUGGUGCAGGGCAGAGAAGCGCUCGUCCACAUCAUCUAUUUGGCCACAGAUUACGGAACCAUUAAGAAAGUGCGGGUACCCCUGAAUCAGACCUCAAGCAGCUGUUUGCUGGAAGAGAUUGAGCUCUUCCCUGAGAGGCGGAGGGAGCCCAUCAGGAGCCUGCAGAUCCUGCACAGCCAGAGUGUCCUGUUCGUGGGCCUGCGGGAGCACGUGGUCAAGAUCCCCCUGAAGAGGUGCCAGUUCUACCGCACACGCAGCACCUGCAUUGGGGCCCAGGACCCUUACUGUGGCUGGGACGUGGUAAUGAAGAAAUGCACAAGCCUGGAGGAGAGCCUGAGCAUGACGCAGUGGGAACAGAGCAUCUCUGCGUGUCCGACCAGGAAUCUCACUGUGGAUGGACACUUUGGCGUGUGGUCUCCGUGGACGCCUUGCACGCACACAGAUGGCAGCGCCGUGGGAUCCUGCCUCUGUCGAACCCGCUCCUGCGACAGCCCGGCCCCGCAGUGUGGUGGCUGGCAGUGCGAGGGCCCUGGCAUGGAGAUCGCCAACUGUUCCAGGAAUGGAGGCUGGACUCCCUGGACCUCGUGGUCUCCCUGCAGCACCACCUGUGGGAUCGGCUUCCAGGUGCGGCAGCGCUCCUGCAGCAACCCCACUCCCAGGCACGGGGGCCGGGUGUGCGUGGGACAGAACCGCGAGGAAAGAUACUGCAAUGAACAUUUGCUAUGUCCCCCACACAUGUUCUGGACAGGCUGGGGUCCUUGGGAACGGUGCACAGCCCAAUGCGGGGGUGGCAUUCAAGCUCGCCGCAGGAUCUGUGAGAAUGGGCCUGACUGUGCAGGCUGCAAUGUGGAGUACCAGUCUUGCAACACCAACCCGUGUCCUGAGCUGAAGAAGACCACGCCCUGGACACCCUGGACGCCUGUCAACAUCUCUGACAACGGCGGCCACUAUGAGCAGCGAUUCCGAUACACAUGCAAAGCCCGCCUGGCUGAUCCGAAUUUGCUGGAAGUGGGAAGACAGAGAAUCGAAAUGCGGUACUGUUCUAGCGACGGCACCAGUGGCUGCUCCACAGAUGGGCUUUCUGGGGAUUUCCUGCGUGCUGGGAGAUACUCUGCCCACACGGUCAACGGGGCUUGGUCAGCCUGGACGUCGUGGUCACAGUGCAGCCGUGACUGCAGCAGGGGCAUUCGGAACCGGAAGCGUGUUUGCAACAACCCCGAACCAAAGUAUGGGGGAAUGCCUUGCCUUGGCCCAUCUCUGGAAUACCAGGAAUGCAACAUUUUGCCCUGCCCAGUGGAUGGUGUGUGGUCUUGCUGGUCCCCCUGGACAAAAUGUUCAGCAACAUGCGGCGGUGGACACUAUAUGAGGACCCGCUCUUGCUCCAAUCCAGCCCCGGCCUAUGGAGGGGACAUCUGCCUGGGGCUGCACACAGAAGAGGCACUCUGCAACACGCAGCCCUGCCCAGAGAGCUGGUCGGAGUGGUCGGACUGGUCUGAGUGUGAAGCCUCUGGCGUCCAAGUCCGUGCCCGCCAGUGCAUCCUCCUGUUCCCCAUGGGCAGCCAGUGCUCCGGGAACACCACAGAGAGCCGGCCGUGUGUGUUUGACUCUAAUUUCAUCCCAGAAGUAUCUGUGGCAAGAUCCAGUAGCGUAGAAGAGAAAAGGUGUGGAGAGUUCAACAUGUUCCACAUGAUCGCCGUGGGGUUGAGCAGCUCCAUCCUCGGCUGCCUCCUCACCCUGCUCGUCUAUACGUACUGCCAGCGGUACCAGCAGCAAUCCCACGAUGCGACUGUCAUCCACCCCGUCUCACCUGCGCCCCUUAAUACCAGCAUAACCAACCACAUCAACAAACUGGACAAGUACGACUCGGUGGAGGCCAUCAAGGCAUUUAACAAAAACAACUUGAUCCUAGAGGAAAGAAACAAAUACUUCAACCCACAUCUCACUGGGAAGACCUAUUCUAAUGCCUACUUUACAGAUCUCAAUAACUAUGAUGAGUACUAACAGCUUUUAUGUUUUUGGCUUCUUGUAAAUCCCCAGUUCCUCAAGGCCUGUGCCCCAUGACUGCCCAUGUUUCUGAGGCUUCAGAGUCGAAGUUUGGAUACAUUUCAAGUGCAUUUCAAGCCACCAGAGUGUCCCAUUGCUGCCGAAAACACACGUCUUUAAAAGCAACAAAAAUUGAAAUAAGACAUCGUGAAAAUCUUGACCAUUGUUGAAUGAGCCAGGGUGUGAAGUUUUUAAUUGUGUUCAUCCUAUUUUUCUGACAAGUCCAUUGGUUUGUUUUUUGAGCAUUAUUUUAUAAAUGUGCCACCCACAUUGGAAGGAGUCUUUAGAAAUAUGAAUCUCUUCUUACUUUGGAGUGUAAAUCUUCAUGCUGUUGUAAUUCAAGAUUCCACAAGAAGUGCAUAGGUCCAUAAUAUUUCAUAAAAUGAAGAAAAAGGAUGUGGCCAAUUAUUCACCAUGGAUUGCCCAACUUUCCAAAUCUGGAUAAAGCUAUGUGAUUCUUGGAAGCAGCUUGAGUGUUUUCAUCUUGCCUGGGAAGCCCAGGAAUUCCACCUGGUCCACACCGGCAGAAGUUACAGUAGACUGUGAGGCACCCCACCUUGCUCCUGAUGCAGUUUCUGUGCCAUUGCUGGUGCUGGUGGAGGCAGCGGAGCAGAGGCUCAGGCACAACGAAGUGUGGAUGUGUUCUGCAGGUUGCUGCAAACCUCACCUUAUUCUGACUUUUGGAUUUCAUGGCAUUCCAGGAAGCUCCUUGUCAUGCUGUUGGCCUGGAAGUCCACCUGUCUGGUCCAUAGUGACGUCCUGAAGAGCCAGUCUGUAAAAUAACCAACCACUUACUUAGCGUUUGGAUAGACUCCAUGCCUCCUCUCUCCCUGCAAAGAAAAAUCUUGAACAUUUAUGAUGUCAAUUAGUGAAAGUAUUGAAAAUACUAAAUUAUAACUAAAAGCAA